AUGGAGCUAGUAACCAUGACUGUGGGCAAUGACACCCGCGGGUGGAUUCUCUGUAUCAUCAGCGGGAUAGCAUGCCUCUUUGGCGCGUCUAUCAUCUGUGUUGAUGCAUUUGUCAGACUAAUCCCAGGCAAGCAGAAUUUCCGCAUCGAAGAGAGUAACGUCUUCCUGGCCUGCUCAUUAAGUCUCAGUUUUGGCGUGAUGCUCUUUUCUUCAUUGUAUAGCAUGUUACCCGAGUCGAAACGAUACCUCAUCAACGAUAAUUGGCCUGACCGUACUGCUGGCCUCAUCAUGAUGGUGUGCUUUGUGGGCGGGUUUUUCGGUAUCCAAACAAUCUCUAGACUACUACACCAGCAUAUCCCCUCUCAUGUCGUUGGGUGCGAUCAUACACACGCGGAUACUUCGACAGGCCAAAAAUUUUCCCGUAGUCACAGCCAUAGCCGUGGCCAUGGCCAUAGCCACGAUGACCAUCGGAGGAGGAGAAGCGUGUUCCGUGACCCAUCGCAGAAACACAACGCCGUUGAGAACAACACCGCAACUUCCGCCUCCGAGUCAACUCCUCUUCUGGCGACUACCGACCCCGAAGCACUUAGCAGGCACGCUUCUGCAGGUAGAGAUGAGACACAAGAUCGACCUCCUACCCCUCUGAACGUACGAGGCCGUGCAAGGACCGAUGACCCCAACGCUUUGCGCAAGCCUUCCAUACUUCACGUACAAAAUCGAGUCAUGUCCUUUGUCAAAGACACGAAAUGUGGUUGCGACGAAUCAGGCUCCUGUUAUGGUUACACUGAUCCAUGCGGUCAGGAAUGUUACAAACACAUAACCACACAUCCACUUCAAACAUCCAGUCGAGUAUCAGUGCUACAGACAACAACCGGCCCUUUUUACUCCCAGACAGGUUCCAUUUUCAGAGGAGGAAGGGUUCAAAAUGAUGAAGAGCUUAACGAAGAAGGUGUUGGUCCUCACUUUAGAACAAGUCGAGCUACUUCUCGAGAACCACUGAGCGUAGACGAGGAUGAGAUAUUCGACAGCGAGGGCGAAAGUUUUUCGUCAACGGGGGAUCUUGAUAAGAGCAUCGAACACCACCACCACGUACCUACAAAUGCCUUCCUCUCUAUUGGUCUUCAAACGUCCAUUGCUAUCGCUCUCCACAAAUUCCCCGAGGGUUUUAUUACCUAUGCGACGAACCAUGCAAGCCCUGCCUUGGGCUUCAAUGUAUUCAUGGCUCUUUUCGUGCACAACAUCUCAGAGGGGUUCGCCAUGGCGUUGCCUUUAUACAUGGCCCUUGGCUCGCGAUGGAAGGCUAUGGUUUGGUCCUCUCUCUUGGGUGGUCUGUCGCAACCCAUGGGCGCGGGCUUGGCCGCCAUUUGGUUCAGCGUUGCUAACCACAACAACGUCAACCCCAGCCCAGUAUUUUACGCAUGUUUGUUUGCCAUUACUGCUGGCAUCAUGGUCAGUGUGGCACUUCAGUUAUUCGUUGAGAGCCUGAGCCUCAAUCAUAACCCGAACCUGUGCAUUUUCUUUGGAUUCAUCGGAAUGGCAAUCCUGGGUUUCAGCAAUGCAUUAUUUGGGGGGCAUUAA